CCGUCAUCUGUCGUCGAGGUCACAGCACCGCCUCGCCCCAUCGCCUCAUUAUCCCUCUUCCCAACUUCAGCCAGAGAGCAAAGCGCAGCAAAUAUAGGUGAACAGACCUCAAAACAAGGAAAUGACAACUGUCUCACCAUUCGCGCGCGUAAGCGCAUUCGACGAAACUAUCGGUAGGGAGCAAACUAUCGAAGAAAUGUACAGCGUUCCUGAAAGCUUUUUGGAAAUCGAAGUCCGAAACCCGCAGACGCAUGGGUUUGGAAGGAAGAUGUAUACGGAUUAUGAGAUCGUGUGCAAGACCAACAUACCCGCAUUCAAACUUCGCCAUUCCUUGGUCCGAAGACGUUACUCCGAUUUCGAAGCUUUCCGAGACAUCCUUGAACGAGAAAGCACGAGAGUCAAUAUUCCUCCUCUUCCAGGAAAGGUUUUCACGAACCGGUUUUCGGACGAGGUCAUAGAGAGUAGGAGAGAAGGUUUGGAGAGGUUUUUGAGUAUUGUUGCUGGGCAUCCUUUACUACAGACGGGGAGUAAAGUUCUAUGCGCAUUCCUACAAGAUCCUGCUUGGGAUAAGGCUCAGUGGAUUUGAACUUGACGGGAACCCUGUAUCAACUUUACGAGCUUAACGCUUUCCACCGUUCCAUCAUCCACCAGUCGUACCAUUCGUCGCCUGGACAACUCAUACGUUCUGUAUAUCUAUCCCUACCACACAACCUCUGAUUUUGGAUUUUCGGGAUCUGAUACGUAUCGCCCCAAUUCCUAUUCCCAUAUUCCCCGCCUCCCGCUUUAACCAGGUCCAUAACGACCCUAUGAAACUUUGCAUACCGUGUCUUUAAUGCUGUUUUCUUCGUCCUACCUACCUUUUUCUUUUGUUCUUCAUUCCUUCGCUUUCUCCGUGUACAUAAGUAUGAACCAUGAAAUAUCAAGUACUUUAAAGGGUAUGGAUAAGUAUGUGAUAUUACUCGUGCU